UUGAGCUUUGAUUAGAUUUUUGAUUGAUUUGAUUAUACAUCUUUCUUGUCUUAUUUAAUCAAAUUAAUUUCUCACAAUGCAGAUAUGAAUCCUCAUUUUCCAUCCAAACGCCGCAACAUGCAAAUUUGAAGUGAAUAACCAAGAUUAUGCUAAUCAUAUAUCAUUCUGUGUGAUUACAUUUCUCAAAAUUUGAUUACCUAAUUCAAACUUUUGAAUGACAAAAACAGAAAGAAGAUUUCAUCAAUUAUAUAUAUCCUUAUUGUUGAAGAUUCAGUUGUUCCAGUAAUGAAAUAAAAGAUUUUGUAUGUAAAAAUUUGUUUUCGUUAAUUUUGUUUAAUCGUUUUAUAUAUUGAGAAAAAAAAAUAUUUUUUUAAUUUAUAUAAAAAAAAGAGUAGGUGAUUGUCGUUGACGAAGCCCCGAGUUAAUAAAUACGGGGAGGGGAGGAAGCAAAAGACCGUCACACACGAGUCAUUCCGUUACGAAGUUUCUUCCGAUAGCGACUGAAGUACACGCGGCAAAAUCCUAAACCGGCCGGUUUAUACAAUUGAAACUAUAUAAUCCCCAUUUGUUUAUUUAUUUCUCUUUAAACCCAGAAAAAAAAGAAACGGCCGAAUCUGUCGUAGGAUGAUAAGCUCAAUGGCCGCCUAAACUCCGGCGACGCUCGGUAGAUCUAUAAACCCGAACAGUUUCGUACAUACCAUCUCUCUCUUCUUCUCUGAAGUUUCUGAAUAGUAAAAUCGUUCAAGGUCGAUCGGACUCCGAUUUGCUCUAUUCCGGUGACGAGUAAGGAGAGAGGGAGAGAUGGAUGAUAGAGGAGGCUCGUUCGUGGCGGUGAGGCGGAUUUCACAAGGACUAGAACGAGGAAACGUUUACCAUUCUUCUUCUACUUCUUCCUCUGCUGAGGCUGUGGCUGGAUCGGCAGCGUGGUUAGGGCGUGGCCUUUCCUGUGUUUGUGUUCAGGGAAGUCAUGGCGACGCCCGUCCUUCCUUUGAUCUAACACCUGCUCAGGAGGAAGGCUUGCAGAGGUUGCAGAGCCGCAUGGAUGUAGCAUAUGACAGCUCUAUUCCUCACCAUCAGGAAGCUCUGAAGGAUCUUUGGAAACUUGCAUUUCCGGAAGAAGAGCUACACGGGAUUGUAUCUGAGCAGUGGAAGGAAAUGGGCUGGCAGGGAAAAGACCCAUCUACUGAUUUUAGGGGUGGUGGUUUCAUAUCUCUUGAAAACUUAUUAUACUUCGCCAGGAGUUUCCCGAAAUCCUUCCAAGACCUUCUGCGGAAGCAGGUUGGCGAUCGCUCUGUGUGGGAAUACCCGUUUGCUGUUGCUGGCAUCAAUAUUACGUUCAUGCUUAUCCAGAUGCUUGGCCUUGAAGCAGUGAAACCACAGAGUAUUGUUGGCGAAACAUUUUUGAGAUUUCUUUCGGUGAAUGAAUCUGCCUUUGACCUUCUUUAUUGCAUUGCCUUCAAGCUAAUGGAUCAGCAAUGGCUCUCCAUGCAUGCUUCAUACAUGGAAUUUAACACGGUAAUGAAAUCGACAAGGCGGCAACUGGAGAGAGAGAUAAUGGUUAAAGACAUAACAGGUAUUGAAGAUAUGCCAUCAUACAGCCUUCUCAGUCAAUAGCAAACAGCUUACGAGAGACUACUUUGUAAGUAGAAAGAUCAAACAUCUCAAGAAGACAAGGUCUCUCUCUCUCUCUCUCUCUUACAUUGUGUUGUUAUUUCGUUGAGAUAGAAGUUGAGGUUUCGUUUCGUUGUGGGAUUAGUUUUUUUCUAACUUGUGGUUCUUUGUAUAAACGUUGUUUGGUUAGUUCGUUUUUGGGCUGAUAUUAAUAAUAAUCACUUGGUUAUAAUA